UGGGUUAGGUAUUGGUCAGCCUGGACGCCGGUCAGGAAGAGUCCCCACCCUCCUGUGUAGGUUGAUCCACAGCUAUUCAUCUGGCUGCCGAGGCUGACAGGAUCCGUGGUUGUCUCUGUCCUGGAGGCUACGUGACGCCCCUUCCUGGGAGCCCAUAUCCAGUGUCCUCUGGGGAGGAGCGGAGCCAAUCUCAGGACCGAUUGACCAUGACUUCUAUAAAGGAGCAGGCAGCAAUUAGCCGGCUCUUGAGCUUUUUACAGGAUUGGGACAAUGCUGGAAAAGUCGCAAGAAGUCACAUCCUUGACAAUUUCAUUGAAAACAACCAAGGCAAGACUGCCUCUGAGCUGGAGCAGGAGUUUUCCCUGGGAGCCAGCUUGUUCCUGGUACGCUUGACCACCUGGCUUAGACUCACCUAUAUGACCGGCUCAAGCUUAGAGAAGGUUUUAAAGUCCAUUGGCAUCUUCUUAACAUCUGUAAACAGUAACCGGUACCUUAUAGAAUUUCUUGAGGUUGGAGGCGCCCUAACACUCUUGGAAACACUGGGGAUGGAGAAGAUCAAAGAGGAGGACAAGAAGGAAUCCAUCAAGCUACUUCAGGUUAUUGCAAACGCUGGCAGGAAGUACAAGGAGCUCAUUUGUGAAAGCUACGGUGUACGAUCCAUAGCAGAAUUUUUGGCCAAGUCUAAGUCAGAAGAGACCCAGGAGGAAGUGCAGGUUCUGCUGGAUUCUUUGGUCCACGGUAAUCCCAAGUACCAGAAUCAAGUGUACAAAGGUCUGAUAACGCUACUGCCCUCUGUGUCCCCGAAAGCUCAGCAGCUGGCCCUGCAGACGCUCAGGAGCGCCCAGUCGAUCAUCGGAGUCACACACCCCAGCAUCGUGGACUGCGUGCUGAACGUGCUGCGCUCGAUGCACCUGGAAGUCCAGUAUGAAGCCAUCGAGCUGAUCAAGGACCUAGUCAACUACGACGUGUGCGAGGCGCUGCUCAUCGGCCUCGUGGACCUGUUGACCCCACCCAUCCCGGAGGCCAGCGAACUGCAGCCCAAGGCCCGGAGCAGCGAUCUCUAG